AUGGCAGAUCCCUUUUACGAUGUGCGCAAUGCCCUCACCGUAGGUAAUUAUCACCAAGCCGUCGCAGAAGCAAGUGGGGUGCGCACAACUCUUCGCAAGGCUGAAGACAUCGCAGAGUUUAACGCCGAACGCGAUGCCCUUCUCGCACUUGCGCAGAUUGGACUCGGUCAGUUCGAGACUGUGAUUGCCCAACUCGCCUCCGCCACUCACCCAACACUCAGAGCCGUACGCGCAUGGGCAGAGUUCUGCGCCGCCCUCGCAAACAGCGGCAAUCUUAACAAAAAUGCCAAUAAUGCGAAGUUGUAUGAAACGAAUCCCGCUCUGCAAGCGCCGCUGCAAAAAUUGACGGAAGCUGCAGAAAAUGUCGAUCCUGCACGUGUGACGGAGGCCGUACUCGCCGCCUGCGCACUCCUCGCCUCCGGUGAUCCCACAGCCGCACUCAAGUUGGCAAAGGGAUGGUUAAGUGAGUUGCCAACACCACAAGGUCCGGCUGCAAUGCGGCAGCACAUGGAACUGCGUGUUAUUGUUGUAGAAUCACUCCUGCGACUGCGACGUCCCGAGUUGGCACGUGCGGAAGUAAAAAGUAUGGAACAGUUGGAUGAUGAGUCUGUUCUAACUGUGCUUUACUCCGGUAUAGUGAGUCUCUACGAGGGAGUGAAAACACGUGAUGCCUAUGAUACCGCACUUCAGAGGUUUAAAGAAAUUUCAAUGCGUUGUGGACAAAGUGUGCUUGCACACAACCUUAUGGCCCUUGCGCAUAUGGGUCUUGGGGAUUUUGCCUCAGCUGAACGUAGUCUUCUCGAUGCGUUGGCUAUGAAAUCUGCAGAUGUUGAUACCACUGCAAAUUUAGCAGUUGUCUCAGCACAUCUUGGUAAGGCCGCAGAUCCUACAAAUCGCUAUAUUCAACAAGCUGCGGCUGUUGCUGGGACAUGGAGUCAGAGCUUUAACGCUAUGAGUGCUCGUCUGGAUGAGGCGAUUCUGCAGUUCUCUACGGCAGCGUAA